AUGGCCGCCCCGGGAGCAACAACCCUCCCGCACCGCGCCGUGUCUAGCAUCCGCGGCGGUGCAGCGCCCUCCGGCGACGCGGCCUCGUCGUCCAACCCGCGCACGCCCAUCCGCUCGAUCCCGUCGAUCCCGUCCCAGUUCAACUCGCCCUCCUCACUCCGCGCAGAGGACGAGGUCCUGAUCCUCGAGUUUGGCGCCCGCAGGCUGCGCGCCGGCUUCGCGGGCGACGCGGUGCCCAAGGCGCUGGUGGCGUUCACACCGGCGCAGGCGCGGCGCGUCGGGGACCUGCGCGCGUGGGAGGUCGGGCACGUGGACGACUGGGCGAAGGGGAGCAAGUGGGGUGAGGAGCACGAGCUGUGGAGGAAUGAUGUGAGGGGCCUGGACCUGGGCCUGGUCGGGGACCGCAUGGAGAGGGGGCUGAGGGAGGCUUUCAACAAGUACGGCGACGCGUCCCAUAUAUGUCCUUUGGUGCUCGAAUCGCCAUGGCUAAUUGCUGCCACUGCGCUGGAUACACUAUUCAACAGAUUUCAUGCCCCAGCCGUGUCGCUACUGUCCUCGCCCGUCGCCUGUGCGAUUUCCGCUGGUGUGCGCUCGGCGCUGGUCAUUGAUCUGGGCUGGUCUGAGACGGUCGUGACCGGCGUCUAUGAGUACAGAGAAGUGCAAAGCAGCACCAGUGUUCGUGCUGGCAAGCUGUUGGUCGACAAUACACAUAAGCUUCUGGCAACUGCUCUCGGAAAGGCACCGUCUCCUGAGCAGGAUGAUUCCGAAAAGAAAGCCGAGCAUAUUGUGUCCUUCGAGGAGUGCGAGGAUAUCGCCAGCCGGCUGGUGUGGUGCAAGCAUUCCCGUGGCCCGUUGUCGACGAGCCAACCACCGCAGGAGGGCUUGCCUACAGUCACCGAACAAGACGAGUCUGAAUCAAGUAACCCACCAACCGGCGGCAGCCCGUCUAGUACUACAGUCCCCUUGAAAUCGACGAACCCACCAAAGAGGCUCGACUUGACCUACGAUCAGCUCGCCACCCCGUCUGAGGACACAUUCUUUGCUUCUGAGCAGCCUCACCAUACCUUCGACGAUGAGGAGCUGCCCAUCCCCCUCCUCAUCUACCGCAGCCUCCUGAAGCUCCCCAUGGACGUCCGGGCCCUAUGCAUGGCCCGAAUUAUUUUCACUGGCGGUUGCUCCAGCGUCCUCGGCCUGCGCGGACGGAUCUUUGACGAAGUGAACCACCUCAUUGAGAGCCACGGAUGGGAUCCUGUGCAUGGGAAGGGUGUGGAGGCUUACAAGACCAACCCAAAGCUACGGCGCGGGAGCAGACAGGCGGGCGAUGGUGGACCUACGGAUGCCGAGGGCACCGGCGACGGCGGAGGAGGCGGCGGAGGGGGUCAUGAGGUCGAUGGUAUGUGGGUCGACGCGCCCAAACAAGAGAGGGAGCCGGAGCUGGACCCGAUUGAUGACCAGUUGCGGAAAGGAAGGCAAGAGAAGCCCAGGCUGCAAGGGCAGUUGCGGGCAAUCGAGUCCCUAGGUGCGUGGAGCGGCGCGAGCCUGCUAAACCUACUUAAGAUACCUGCCUUGGCGACGGUGGAGCGCGAGACCUGGAGGGAGCAAGGGAUCGCAGGGGCAUCGCGACCGACCGAGGUGGAUCACAAGGUUGCCCAGCGCCAGAGCAUGGGUGCCGGCGGAUUGAUGCGCAACACAAAUGCCAACUGGACACUGGGAGUUUGGGGAUAUCUGUAA